AUGGAUGUUACUAUUCUAAAUGCGUACACUUUGAUCAAGACAACUAGACCAUCAGCUGUGGAAGGAUUAUCGACUCGGGAAUUCAAGCGCCGGAUUGCCGAUAUUCUUACCAGUAAUGAGAAGCAGAACAAGCGAAGACGUGAGGUGGAGGCAAAAAAGCGAGCCACCGAGACACUUGAAGAGGUUGUCGGCAUGGACACCUCCCUGCACAUGAUAACUCCCAACUCAACCGAGGACAGCAGUGGAAAGCUAGUCUGCCACUUGUGUUGCCUGCGAAACAGCAAAAAAGAAGGCUCGAUACGGGUGCACACAGUGCAAGGUAGGCUUUCACGUUGA